GAACGAUUCAGAAGAAUAGUAAUAACACAAAAUGAAAUUAAAGCUCGAUGAUGGAAACUCGAUCUGCUGCUAAAAGGAAAAGGCUACUAUUGAUCCAAACUCGCUGCCAAGGCAGCGACCGCCGCGCCGAAGACCGCCUGAGUGAUCUCCCUGACGCCGUCCUCUACCACAUUCUCUUCCUCCUCCCUAUUAAAUCCGUCGCGCAGACCAGCGUCCUCUCCCGGCGAUGGAGGCAGCUCUGGUACUCCUUCCCCGAUCUAGACUUCACCACCCUCAAUCCCUUCACCAUCCCAUCGCCGCUCAAGAUGGACCAACUGCACUCUUGGGUUUCCAUCGAAGCUGACUCCAUCAACCGCAUCUUGGAUCUCCGGCGGCGAAAUUCCCCGAUAAGGGCCCUCCGUUUCCGCGCCCACAUCACCUUCUCCCGCCUCAACCGUCUCAUCCGCCGUGCCGUCAACCUCGACGUCCAAGAAUUGGACAUCGAGGUCGCCACGGCCGACUACUUCAACUUCCCGAGGAGUGUCAUAUCCUGCGACACUCUAAGGGUUUUCAAGCUGAAGUCGAGAUACCCCGGAUUCAGGUUAGUGGUGGAGCCACCUUAGAUCAAAUGAGUUCACGUGAACACUCAAAAUUUUGAAAAAAAACUCCGUAUAUUAUUAUACAUCAAUAAUGUACAUAGUAUAAAUUUAGUUCAAUUAUUUAUUGUUCUUUCAAGUUUUAAUCGUAUAAAAUAUAUGAACACAAAAAAUCUAAAUGACAAAUCCGCCACUGAUUCAGGUUCCCGCCUUCCGCCGUCAUAAAUGGCGGUUUCCAGUCGUUGCAGACGUUGUCGCUGUCGUUUAUCAUUUUAAACGACCAGCCGUCGCUUGUGAACGUGUUCACGGAUUCCUCGUUUCCCAUGCUGAAGAAGCUGAACCUGGACAGGUGCAAGGGUCUGAUGCAUCUGAGCGUGAGUUGCCGGGCGUUGGAGGAGUUAGGGCUUGAGCAGUGUUGCCAGAUGGAGCGUUUGGAGGUGGUGGGGCCCAAACUGGAGAGGCUGCGGGUGGUAGAAUGUUUUGACUCGUACAGCAGAAAUGAGAGUUGGGUCAAAAUCGAUGCCCUAAGACUCCAAAACAUUCUCUGGUCCGACAAUACGCUCACCGAUAGAUGUUGUUUACAGAAUUUAGGGUUUCUCCGGGAAGCGUUUGUCGGCUUCUUUAUCCUUUCUGACGACCUGAGUGAAGUCAAACUUCAAAGUGUAUCCCAUUUUUUGUCCGGCAUUGCCUCUUCUCGCUCUUUAAUACUUGAUUAUCUCUCUAUCCAGAUUCUGUCAAGAAACAAUCACAUUGCUGGUGUUUCAUUGUGCGGUUUCAACAAACUGAAAUCCUUGGAAUUGCGCACGGGAUUAAGCAAGCAUAUUAUUCCGGAAUUAGCGAACCUAUUCAGGGGUGCUCCAGCCAUCCACACGCUUAUAAUCAAGAUUGAAAGAAGUAUGUGGAAGACGGGGCAAAGGCAUGUAUCAAGCAGAUCAGUGGGAGAAGAAUAUUGGGAAUCACAAAGAGAAGGCAUGAAGGGCUUUUUGGAGCAUUUAGGGGUUGUGAAGAUUCAUGGAGUGACGGAGUGCGAGAAUGAGACGAUAAGCUUCGUGAAGUUCGUCUUGAAGCAUGGAAAUGUGUUGCAAGAAUUGUUGCUAUAUGGAAAAAGACGACGCAAAUCGUGGGAUUAUUCUCUUGUGCCCGAAAAACUCAAAUCCCAAAUCUUGGGAUUUUCACGUGCUUCUUGUAAUGCCAAGAUUGCAUUUUACUAAUCUAAAACCAUUCCUGAUUUCCAAAUGAGUGAUCAGAUAUUAAUUGGUCAAUGAGAUACUACUGUCAUCUAAUUUGAUCUCCACACAAAUUUGUGCUCGAAACAAGAGUAUAGUCAUACAUACAAAGGUAUCA